GUUACAUCGAUUUUCGUCAUCAGUGUCGUUUGUAUUCCCUGGUGGUCGUUUUGGGGCAUUGUAUGCAUGAAGCGUGUACACCAGGGCACACCGAAUAAAAUGAAGUGUAGUUACAAGGAGCGCAGCCCCGCCCGAGUACUGCUUGGCGUGUCUUGGUUGUCUUGGCUGGCCGCCGGGUUGGUAUUUCUAUUGCCUUCCUGCCGCGGGACGAUCGUCGAUGUGGGAAGAUAUCGUGGACGUCAAGAUGAACGUGGUAGCUUUCUAAGCCGGAUCUUGCGCGGUCUCGGCAGCCCAUGUUGCCCGACAGUCGUGCCCUUUCUAAGAACACCUCCAAGUCGUCGGGAGUCUCGCAGUGAACCAUUGUUAGAGAACCAGGCGCAUCAGAAGUUCUCGCCGGUCGAAUGUAGGAGCUGUCAACAUGCGACAGAGGAAGAAACAGGAACUCUUAACCAGGGGCGGCAAUCAGGUAACCUUCCCAUUAAAGAUGAAGGAGUUACAAUUACCACGAAUAGACACCCACGUCCACGACCAUGUUCGAUGCAGGAGGACCGCGGCAGUCCGGAGGAAAAAGCAGGUACUAGAACUAGACAUGGAGCAAAGGUGGAGGCUGCCGGGGGGUCCUCUACAUCUCCUUCAACCGGACGCCAAUAUGACAGUACUACGGCUCGGACUCCUCAUAGAAUUAUAGAAUCUAGUAUCGGUAUUCAC